GCAGCUGAUUUAGUCACAUGACCUUCGCUAACAUGCACCUAGCCUCCUAGCACAACAGGAGAUAAGGCAGUAGCUAGGAGUGUAAAUAGUCCCCAGAUUCCGGGGAAACAACACAAAGAAAUGAGUGAAGAAAGCUCAAGCGUCGUCCUUGGCUUUAUGGAAGUGAAGGUGUGUGUCCAGUUGUGACAACUGAGCAGAGCGGAGGAGUGUCGAGGUGAAAGCAGCCAUGCAUCCCUUCGGCUGUGAGGCUGAGACCUCCCUGCAGGAUCUGUUUGAGUACUUCAAGAGGUGCCUGCAGCACGGAGAGUGGGAGCUGGCCAACGCCUGCGUGCCACAGCUGGUGAACUCAACGGGAGGACUUUCAGAACACCUGCGAGACAUAAUCAAAGCUAUUGUCUGCCAUCCUUACAAGUUAAAAUGGGAGUCUGUGGGCAGUCCACACAAACUGGCUUGGUUUUGGCUUCAGGUUUUGGAGAAAUGGACAGAAGAUCAGGUUCCUCCCAACAUCAGAAGAGAGCUGGAGUUCUUGCUACUCCUGGAAGAGCUGGGCUCAGAGAGCAUAGCAGAGACUGCUCUCAAGGAGUUGCACGAGGCCUUCCUGGACACACAGUCUGAGCAAAAGGUCCCAGAAGGUUCGAGAACCACAGAUGCUGCUGUUGAGUCUUGCCUGCGAACCUUAUUGGAGAAGAAGAAGCCCAGACUCGCUCAGUCUUUAGCACAUUUCUUACAGCACCAGCCGUGCACAGAGGACAGUACUCUGCAGCACACGUUCAUCCAACACCUGAUGAAGGAACUGGUGAAGCCGGAGAGACGGCUGGAGAAGGUGGAGGAGUGGGUGGAGGAGAUAUACGCCGUGUUGUCUGUGAUGCCAUGGAGCUCUCGUAGGAGCGGCGGGCAGCUGGAGGCGUUGUGUGAGGCGCUGUGGGCCGCCAGAGACGGGCCCCUGAAAGAGGAGAGGAUCCUGAGCUCGUUGCUUCGCCCUCGUUGUGACGCUCUCGUCUCCGUUUACUGCGCCACCGCGUUGAGGCUUCAGAGGGAUCAUCUGCUGAGGAGCGCGCCUGAUACACAAGUGGACCUUCCUGAAGCGGAGAAGCUGGCUCUCAGUUUAUGUUCCCACAAAGAUCGUCCGUCCUCCUGGAAGACCAUUUAUUUUGAGUGCCUUACGAGUGGAAAGCACUUCCUGGAGCAGGUCUUGAUUACUGCACUUGAUCUGAUUAAACACGAGGAGUUCGCUCAGCUGAGAGACUUCCUGAAGUUGGAGUUCCAGCCUUUGUCCCGGCUGCUGUUGCUCCUGGGAUGGACUCAGUGUCGCAGUCUGAGCGCGGCUCAAACGCUGCUCGGCAUCCUUCACCGAGAGCAGGCCCCAGCCAACGACUCAGUUCUGCAGGAGUUUUGCAACCUCUUGUCCUCUCAGCUUGGAAUCCUUGAAUGGUGUAAAAACAACAAUCCAGGGACUUCCAUGGAGGCGUUGCUGGCGCAGCUUCACACUCUGGACAAUCACUCUGCGCUCUAUAUUCUGCAUUCUCUGACUCCUCUGCCUCAGUUUGAGGAGCGCAGGAUACUGGAUCUGCUGCAGCAUCUGCCAAAGUCACCAGAAGCAGAAGACACUGAGGUCGUCGGUAAUCUCAGUUCUGGUGUGCAGAGGAACGUCGUUUUGUUUCAGGGGUUCUGUGCCAUGAAGUAUGCCAUCUACGCUCUCUGUGUGAAUGCACAUAAAUACUCUAAUUGUACCGAGUGUGAGCCGUCUGACGCAGAAAAGAACCAAACCUCAGCUUCCUCUCAAGGUUCUCUGUUCCAGCACUACCUGUCGGAGUGUCGGCUCUACCUGGAGGCCGUGCCUGCCAUGUUCCGCCUGGAGCUCCUGGAGGACAUCUUCUCCCUCCUCUUCCUGUCCACCGCUGACUUUGCCCAGCAGAUCCAAAAAGACACAAACUGGAGCCAGAACACAGGGAACGCCGCUCAGUCCGAAUGUUUGUCAGAUACAAGAAACGCAAAUGUAGAAUUGGGAACUAACGCAAAUACGGAUGAGACCGAGAACGGCAGGAAGGAGAACCAGACGCUGCGUUCAGGCCGCCGUAGUCACCUGGAGCUGGGACAUUUCAUCCAGGGCUGCGGGGGCUUUCUGGCCGACGUCACGGCUAUGGAGGGUUUUCUGAAGCUGCUGAAAGAAGGGUUGGAGGGCGUGUGUGUGGCGGGCCGGCAGGAGGGCCAGGAGGCGGCAUCGCCUCGAGAGGCGGAGGCGGCGGAGAGCCUCGGCUGCUCCGUGACGGCCGAGGCGUUCGGGACUCGCCUGCAGAGGCUCUCCAAACGCACCGCAGAGGCUCAGUGGAGGCUGCAGAUCAUCACCAGCAAUCAGGGCAGCGGCGCUGGUUCAGAAAGUCCUCUCCAGGUGUCGGCCGUCGGCUCUCCUUUCUCUUCUCUGGGACGCAGCGAGAGCUCGAGCCUGAGGAGAAGGACGAGGCCGGGGAGACCUGCUCCAGAGAGACGCGCCUCAGUGGAGCAGCACAACGGAGAAGUUGGCACCAGCGCUUCAGACGGUGGAGGAGGGACGGGUUGCGUAGAGUUGGAGGUGUGUCCAUGUGGAGGUCCUCACAGCUGGCUUGUCCCCGCCAUGUUGUCCCCUCCUGAGUCUCUCCUCAUGUCCUGCAUCCGGCGAGGGAACUUCAUGGAGGCGCAUCAGGUGUCUCUGGUGUUUGAUCUGGAGAAGUCUGCCUGUUGUGGUGAGCUGGUGUUCAUGGAGCGCUACAAAGAAGUCCUGGUGGAGUUGGGACGGGUGGAGCAGAAGAUGGAGGGCCGCUCUAUGUCGUCUUCCUCCUCCUCCUCAGAGGGUUUGGGGACAGCGGCAGGGAGGAGUCGGCUGGGCAGCAGCGGGCGGUCAACCCUGCAGGCCAUCGGGAGCGCAGCUGCUGCAGGUGUGGCGUUCUACUCCAUCGCAGACAUAGCGGACCGUCUCCUCAGCACGCCGGCUCACCCGAUGCCUUCACUGGAGGACGGCUACUGGCUGAGCUGCUGCUCCUCCGACCCCUCCGGCCUCCUUUACACGCUGCUGGAGGAGCUCAGCCCGGCAGCCAUGGCCGCCUUCGACCUGGCCUGCUGCCACUGUCAGCUGUGGAAGACGUCCCGGCAGCUGCUGGACACCGCAGAGCGCAGACUCAACAGCAGCCUGGAGGCUCAAGGAGUGAGAGUUGACUCUAAGGUUCCUCAUUCUGAGGGGAUCUGUGGAUUUCCUCUGGUGUUACAGCAGAUCAACAAGAUCCUGAAUCAUUCUGCCACCAACAAGAGCUCUGCCAAAGCAGAAGCCGUCGGGGAGGACCAAGUGUUUGCCAGCCCGUUUGGUUGCUGCAUCCAGGAAGUGCUCCUGUGUUGUUACCCAGCACUGAGCGAAGAGUGCAUCGCUGCUCGGCUCGCUCUCACUCAACGUUUGGAGACGACCCUGCACACCCUGAGCACGGCUACAGACGGCACAGAGGGCAUUGUGGGCAGCGCUCUUCUGGCACAGUUGGUUGAGCAGGCCAGCCUGAAGCAGUCGGAGCUGGACGCUCACCCCGUGCGCUCCAGCAUGAAGCAGCUGCUUCGGUCUCUGGAUCAGCUUUGCCCCUUCGAGCCAGACGGAGAUCUUUCCAGACCAGAUUAUGUGCGAAGUUUCCUCGACUACAUCAACACUCUAGUAUCUGUGUUAGUGCGCAGCCUGGGGUCAGAAGAUCAGAGCAGUGAAGUGAAACUUGGGAAUCCGCUGCUGGUGUUGCUUCAAGCCCCUUUUCAGCUUUUCUCCCACCUGCUGUUUGACAGACAGGUGUCUCCUGACAGAGUGCUGUCGCUGCUGCAGCAGGAAGGUCUGCGUCUGAGCGUGCAGCAGGUGGUUGUCCAGCGAUGCUGUGAGACUCUACCUGUGUGGGUGUCCUGUGCAGGUGAGGACUCCAGGCAGGCCAAGAAAGAUGAUGGGGUGUUUGGUGUUGCGACUUUGUCCGUCCUGCUCCAGCAGCACGCUCAGGAGCACAUGUCAGCCCUGGGAAUCACAGAGCCUCAGUCUGACGCCAGCUCUGAGUCCGAGGCCUCAGUGGAAGAGAUCUCCGCCACCAACCUCUCCAAUUCGCCUCCUUCUUACUCCUCCUCCUCCUCCUCCUCGUCUUCCUCCUCCUCUUUUCUCCUCACACCAUCGGCCCUGUCUUUCCUGAAGUCUCGCUCCCCUUUACUGGCCACACUGGCGUGUCUGAGCGCCUGCAAAGGAGAAACUGCUCGGACUCAAUCCUCUGGAUGGUCCGGCUAUUUCCGUAGCAGCCGUAAGGAGGUCGUGCUGGACGGAGAGCAGAUUUCCCGUGAAGCAGAUAACCUCCUGAAGGAGUUCCCUAUCCUCCAGGCUUACCUCCACGCCAUGUCUGAACCGCUGCUGGGCUCCCUGUUAAGUGAGAGCGAGGAGGGUUCAGCUGGACUCGGGGCAGUUGUUUGUGGGAAACCCAUCGUCAGUCUCCUGCUGUCUGGGCCUCAAGAAGAAGUUUCCCAGGCCGUGGCUGCAGAGGCCUUCCAGAAGGCUCUUUCCUCCAGAGACUUGGGCCGAGCCCUCAGUCUGUUGGAGCUGUAUGGGCAGGGCUGCAGCCAGGAGGGGGCGCUGAGAGACCGCCUGCUCGCCUGUGCGGCCUUAGAAGACGGAGAUGAAGGGAUAGGUCAGCUGUUCCGCGUGCAGGAUGCGGACCUGCGAGCACGCGUCGCCCUGCAGGCUCUGGAGCGCUGGCCUCUGGCCGCCUGCCUGGAGCUGCUGGAGUUCUGCCUCAAUGACCCGAGCACGGAGCCCUCACUGAGAACAGACCUGGAGCUCAAGAAGAAACAACUGGACAUCUACCACUGGAUGUUGAAUGUACAGCCUCCUUUGCCGUGGGCUACUUGGCAGGAGCUGAGGACUGAGUCCAAAACAAACUCAGAGUCCAUGUUAUCUAAGAUGGUGGAGGCAAAGGAGUUCGCUCUUUGUGCACAGUGGGUUGAGCUCUAUCCGGUGUCCGACCAGCUGAGACUGCAGCUACAGACGGAGCAUCUGCUCCAUCUGCUGGAGAAGGGACAGACGGAUGAAGCUUUCCAGUUACUGGAGAGCCUGUCAGACUUCGUGGUCGGUCUAGACGUUUGUGAGCGCGCUCUGGACCACCGUCCCGGUUUGGCUGCCUGUCACUUCCUGGCCGACUACCUCACUCUGCAUUUCCAGAGGCAGGUGUCUCCAGCGCGUCGACGCCACAUCCACGCCCUCCAUCUGGGCUCAAAGGUGUUGCUGACUCUGCCCUCAGCAGCCAGGCAGGAGUACUUCCCUCUGCUGUCGGAGCCGCUGCUGAUGCUCGAGCAGCUGUUGCUGAACCUGAAGGUGGACUGGGCAGACGUGGCGGUGCGAACCCUGCGCAGCCUCCUGGUUGGUGAGGAGGCUGGCUUCGGUGCAGAGGACAUCGAUAAGCUUCUGGCAGACUACGCCGGCAAGGCUCUCGACUUCUCCUGCGCCCCCCGGGAGAGGACUCGAUCUGACUCGGUAAUCAGCCUCCAGGACGCGCUGAUGCAAUGUCCUGCUCAAGACAGCAGCUCCCUCUCAUCCGGUCGUAUCGACUCUCCACCAUCCUCGACAGCCAGCACUCCGACACACACCGUCUCCUCAAACAGCACGGACAGGGAGAAGGAUCGAAGCUCUGCGGGGAUAAAACGCCGCUCGUCUGCCAAGUUCCAGCCUCCAGAACAACCUCCGGCCCGCAAGGACUGGGUGCCCGACACCAAGCAGCACAUGUGCAUGGUGUGCCAGCGUGAGAGGUUCACCAUGUUCAACAGACGGCAUCAUUGUCGGAGAUGUGGCCGUCUGGUCUGUAACGCGUGCUCGGAGCACAAGCUGCUCGUUGAGGGCUGCCCAGGAGGCGAAGAAGUCCGAGUCUGUGACCAGUGUUAUGCCUACUUUCACCCCGAUUCUGACGAUGAGCUGGAACCAGCUGAAGACGCUGGAAGCCCCCUGGUCACAGAGGAAGUUCUGGAUGGGAUGCUGCAUCUGCCUGAAGUGAUCCAACGACAGAUCACACUCAGCACGAACCCGACAGAGAACCAGCUGCUGCGGAGCGAGUUCUACUAUGAGCAGGCUCCCAGUGCGUACCUCUGUGUGGCGAUCUUGUCUCUGCACAAUGACCAGACGGCCUGUGGUCAUCAGCUCAUCAGCCACUGCCGCUCUCUGUCUCGGAAACUGACCAAUCCGGAGGUGGACGCCUGCCUCCUCACCGACAUCAUGCGGCAGCUGCUCUUCAGCGCGAAGCUGAUGUUUGUUAAGGUCGGCCGCAGCCAGGAUCUCGCCUUGUGUGACAGCUACAUCAGCAAAGUGGACGUUCUCAAAAUUCUCGUGACGGCCAACUACAAAGACAUUCCUUCUCUGGACGACAUUCUGGAGACUUCUGCGGUCACUCGUCUCCGCCACAAGCUGUUGGAAGCGGAGCACUACCAGCUGGCAGUGGAGGUGUCGACUAAGAGCGGCCUGGAGACUGGCGGCGUGUGGCAGGCGUGGGGGAUGGCUUCUCUCAAGGCAGGAGACCUUUCAGCAGCGAGGGAGAAGUUUGCCCGCUUCCUGAAGGCUCCAGUGGACCGCAACCAGCUCAACCUGGGUCCCUUACUGCUGCAGGAGGUGGUGCAGCACCUGGAGAGCGCCGUGCAGCCCACUCUCACCAAGUCUCUUGGCGAGGACAUCCUGGCGUCCCUGCGGGAGCUGGAGGACGCUCUGUGUGAGGCGGCUGCUGUGGUGGAUCGUCCAGAGGCUCAGACGCAGAGCAGCAACCUCCAGCAGGAGUGUCUCUACUACCUGAACACUUAUGGCACUCACCUGGCCCUCAUCAGCUUCUACAUGCGUCAUGACUGCAUGACGGAGGCUGUUGGAUACCUGCUCAACAAGGAGUGCCCGGAUGAGGUUUUUCUCGAGGGCGUGUUGCAGCCCAGUCUGGAGAGGGCCCGUCUUGGCAUGCUGCAGGGAAUACUGGAGAAACUGGACCCCGGCCUGGAAGCAUGCAGCCGCUACCUCAUCGCCUCCUGCCAGUUCCUGCAGCGACGAGGAUACUUCAACACUCUCUACCAGCUCCAGCAGUUCAUGAUGGAUCAUGUGCGCGCCGCCAUGACGUGUAUCCGAUUCUUCACUCAUGGAGCGGGUUCCUACUCACAGCUGGGAGAACAGCAGCGCUGGUUAGUCGCAGCCAAAGAGCACCUGAGGACGUUCCUGCAGGAGCAGCAAGGCCGCGGCGCCGGGAAGAAAAAGUCUCAGGCCAACUCAUUCAGGAAGAUGAUGUCGUCCAGUGACGUCUCCAGGCACAUGAACACCAUCGAGCUUCAGCUGGAGGUGACGCGCUUCCUCCACCGCUGUGAGACCGUGUCCUCCUCGAAGGCGCCACAGACCGGUACUUCUUCCCCCAAAUCCCCCGCAUCCAGCUCGCCCCCUACGCUGUUCGGAGGAAGCCCCAUAAAGGUUGAGGUCGCCUGCAAGGUGAUGCUCGGAGGAACAAACAUCGAAGAGGGUUUUGGUAUUGCAUAUAGAGUCAUACAGGACUUCCAGCUGGAGGCCCAGGCGGUGUACGUGCAGGCCGGCCAGAGGCUCGUCCGACAGAGGCAGUACGGAGCCGUGCGGCAGCUGCUCAAAUGUGUCGGCGAGUCGGGCACCGCCACCAAAAACGACUGCGACGCCCUCAUCCUCAGCUGCGUCUCCAUCGCUAAUAAGGGACCAGCCGAUGCCAAGAAUCUGGAAAGUCUCAUCCUGGAGGCCAAGAGCACAGAAAGCAAGAUCAAAGCCUACCUGCUGUGCAGUAAACUGCGACCGGCGUACCUGCUGGCCGUGAAGCUGGAGCCGAGCCGAGCCGGCCCAUUGGUCCAGGACGUCCUGCAGGCCGCCGAGGGAGCACAGGACUCUGUGAUGCAGAAUAUCUGCGGCCAGUGGCUGUCUGAACACCACAACAAGUCAUCUCAGCAGCGCCAGGGCCGACCCAAUGCCAGGUAAAGACGCUGUCGGCAUAACGAGCACGAACAGCACUUGAAAACAAAAAGAUAAGAAGAUCCAGGUUUCUCACCUGACACAGAGACCGCAGAGCAGCUGUUGCACACAUGACGUGUGGUCUGCAGCUGCAGAUUAUUAUGAGUGAUGUUCAGCACACUUCAUGCCCAUACAGUCCCAGAGUACCAGCAGGAAGCUAAACAAUGUUCUGCUGUGGACGUGUUUUGAACACCUGAACAAUACCGUGCUGUGAGACGGAUAUACACUUUAUGUUUACGACAGGGAACUGAAGCUGUUAUCUGUGCUCUCUUUAAAGCCACCAGACUCCAUUGACAAAAACAGUAAUUUUCCCUCGCAGAACACAGGGGUUUCUUGUCAAUCUCUGACUCGAUUAGUUAGUUUGUUUGUGAUGCAGGGUGACUUUGGUGUUUUAAAAGGUUAGUUCAGAUUCACCAAAGUCACACAAUAACACACACUAACUAACAGAUGGAGGCAGCUGUAGACCAGCAGCUCCUGUGUUCUGAGAGGUUAAAUUAGUGUUUUUGUUAAUGGACCCUGGUGUGUUAGAAGAGAUCACAGAUAACAGCAGAAAGGCUGUCUGACAGCAAGGUAAAGAGGUGGAAAUAUUCUAAAUACAGCGAACACUUAAAGUGAUAUUGAUGUUUUAUGUGUUUAAAACACGUCCACAGCAGAACAUUGUUUAACUUCCUGUCUGUUCCUACAGACUGCAUGUACUGCAGGUGAUACUGACUGUGGAGAAGAUCAUACAGCCUCACUGUAAACUUCUGAACUGUCCCUUUAGAUUCUCUCCUUGCUGCAGUGAUGUACAGGUGACAUGACUUUAAGUUGUGGUUAUGUGUCGUGCUGUGUGAGGUCAGAGGUGAAGUAGAAACCUUUAGAAACCCUGAUGAUCACGUUCUCUUUAUGUUUGUGCAGCUUUCCUGUCAAAUCACCAGAGUGCUUUAUUUCCAUUCUGGAGAUAUUUAUCUCUCAUCUGAAGGAGAAAUGUUACGACAACAACUGUUACAUAACAACAUUGCUAACUGCAAUUUCUUACACCAUAUAAGCAUAUCUACAAUUCAGUAUGGGACUAAGAUUCAUCUCCUGCCAAAAGGGAAAAUAUCUCUGACUGACUGGAAAGCCUCUGACAGCCGUGUCUCCAGUUCUUUGUGUUUUCAUUUUUAUGUUUUUCUGUGAGAUCCUCCGCCAAGAAUGGUACACGUUCAAUCCUGCAAGAAUCUGAAAAGUGUUGUUUUUGUAGUCUCGAUGAAGCCGUUUACUUGUUUAUUGUUUUGCACAUCUUUCAGCGUUAAUCCCUUUUGGUGAGUGAAAUGAAUAUCAAACAGAAUUUAAAGUAUUUGAGAUGCAAAAAACGUAAAUAUUUGGGUUGGAUGCAGAAAGGGAGCCGCUCGUAGAUCCUGUCGUUGGUCCAGUUUGAUUCAGAAUCUGGAAGAUCAGCUGUCGGGUUAGUUGUUGUGUCUCAUCUUGUGUCUUUUAAAUCAUGCUUUUCACUUUGUUCUCAUGGAAGUCUCAAAUCAGUUUGAACUAUUUAAAUCAAUAAUAAACUUCCACAGAUAAUGUAAAACAAAAAGGGAUUUCACUUUUGCCAUAUGGGUUUAAUCUGUUUGAGUUGUUUUCCACCCUGGCAGUGCAAAUAUAUUGUCAGCAUGUUUUUAGUUCAUUUAAAUGACAAUCCCGAUGUUGCUGAAGCUGCCUUUUCACGGAAGCCAGAUUCUGUACUUCAGAUUCACUCUGAUUACAUCGUCGAGCUCUUUAAUUGGAGGGGAUGCCGCGUCAUCCUUCCCUCUGCUGCACUCGUCUGAAGACCUUCCUGUGAAGUGUUGCUCGGCAGGAGAUGAAGAGAAGCCAGUGUCGACGUUCUUGCACUCUAAACCUCGGACUGUUGUCGCAUCACUGCCGCACUUUAUACUUCUUUUGGUAAAAUAAUGUAAAAUAUAUAAAAUGCAGGAUGCAGGAACUAAUGAUUUUGAAAUGUAAUUGAUUUCUUCAUCCUCUGUAAAAUAAAAUGUAAUAAAAAAAUAAUAAAAAUGUGCAAAAAACA